CUUGUUUGGCCCAUUAGAUUCGUCGAAGAAACAGCAAAAUCGUCUUCUCCUCUGUAGGGUUAUGUUCCUGCUUCAAUGCCAUUGCCAUGACUCAGUCACUUAGUGAUCACUUCCUCCACCUGCCAUAAUGAUCAGAUAGCAAGUCAAUGUAUUACCUAAUCAAAUCCAAAUCCAAAAUCAAAGUCUGCCCUUCAAUUUAAAAUGAGGAAUUUGCGAUUCAUUUCUCCACAUUUAUCAAUAUUCCACAAAACCCUCCUUCAAAACCCUACAAAAUGGCUACCCAAAUCCUCUGUUUUCAGUCGUAAUUUGUCUUCCGCUUCUCGAGAAUGGAGCCCAUCUGCUCCAUCUGAUAAACUCGCCGCCCUCGUCGAUGAGAUCUACCAACUAACGCUUCUCGAAAUCUCUGACCUUACGGAGGUCCUUCGCGACAAGUUGGAUAUCAAGGAGAUGCCAGUAAUGGCUGUAAUGAUGCCUGGCAUGGGGUUUAGUGGCGUGAAGGGCGUCGCCAAGGGAGGAGCAGGUGCGGUGGCCAAGGAAGAGGAGAAGGUGGAGAAGACGGUGUUUGAUGUGAAGCUUGAAGGGUUUGAUGCCGCGGCGAAGAUCAAGGUGAUUAAGGAAGUUAGAGGGUUUACGGAUUUGGGACUGAAGGAGGCAAAGGACUUGGUGGAGAAGGCUCCCACGCUGUUGAAGAAAGGAGUGACAAAAGAGGAGGCUGAGAAAAUUAUGGUGAAGAUGAAAGAGGUUGGCGCCAAAGUCACCAUGGAGUGAGGAAUUAGACUUCCUCCAAGGAUAAAAGAUUAAAGAACAAGAAGUGAAAGGCUUCCACUGACGUAUCUUGUUGAAAUCAAGAUUGCUGAUAUUGUUGCAUCAUGCUGGAUGUCCUGGCAGACAAUGAAGACUGAUGUAGAUUUUUUCUUAAUGCAGGAAAUUUUUGUUAGAAACUUGAUUAUUCUUUUGACUUGGAAGAAGUCAUUAGUUUUCCCAAUUUUGAAUGUCUUUAAUUUCCUGAUUAUUAUAGAAUACCUGUUGUAGAAUUGGAUUGGGUUCCUGAUGAUAAAUUCAUGAAAUACUGUAUGAUUGUAUCUUGCAGCAUUUCCACUUUU